AUGUUGGUAACGAGGAGGAACCACCUAUUCGCAAUGAGGAAGAACAUGUUCAGAAUGAAGAUGUCACAUCUGACCCUAAGGUUUUACAACGUCUCAUAUCUCACCGUCCAUUUUCCCAUUUCGUCAAGACAAUCCAGAUACACUUUUAGUCCAUUCACCAUUAGGACUGAGAGUGAUGACGAAGCUCCAGUAACGAAAGGGCAAAUAAAAGCCAUCCAUGAAAAGCUUGAUUCUUUGCUUCAGGCUUCAAACCCUUCCUCCUCUGAUGACUACUCUCAAGCUGCAGUCAAGUCCAUUCUUGUAACCCUCACCAAAGAGCACUCAUCAAAUCUUGAGAAGAUGAACAAAGUUGUGGAUGCCUCUGCUACAAUCUACAACGAAAUGACCGAAAAAGUUGAUAAUCUAGUUUCUGAUAUCAUAUUGUUGAGCUAA